AGUCGUUUGUGAUUGCUUGUUUAUAAAUUAAAACAAAAAUGUUUGAAGAUAAGGUAUUGCAUAAUUGCAGGUACGAUUGCAGUAUUAUGUUCUCACAUCCAAGAAACAUUGAAAAAAAUGAUAAUUGUGAAGCAUCUACUGUUAACGAACAAGUUCACAAUUUAGUCAGCAUGGAUACUGUUCAAGAACAAUUCUGCAGCAACAGUAAAGAGAGUUAUAAUUACAAAAACAUAUGUAAUAUUGAUGGAGAAAUAAAUAGAAUCAGCAAAAGUUGCAGUCCAGUCUCAGUUCAAAUGGAAGAUAUUCUUGCUGAAGUGGAAAGAAAUCUAAUUAUAAUGAGGGAAAAGGACACAUGA